GGAGGAGGCUGAAUCUGUUUGUGAGAUGAGGGAUUCGUACAGCGAUUCGUUAAGUGACGAGAGCGAGAGCGAAAAGCUAUCGAGAUGGGAUGGAUGCUCCUCCGAGGAAGGCGGCGUAGCUGAACAAGAUAGCUUAAGCAGAACGAACGAUAGAUUGGGCUUCCUUUAUUUUCAGUAUUUCGAGAGAUGUACUCCAUAUGGAAGAGUUCCUCUGAUGGAUAAGAUUAAUGGCUUGGCUGAAAGAUACCCUGGAUUGAUGUCGUUGAGAAGCGUAGAUCUUUCGCCUGCUAGUUGGAUGGCUGUUGCUUGGUAUCCGAUAUAUCACAUUCCCAUGGGAAGAACCAUUAAGGACUUGUCGACGUGCUUUCUCACUUUCCACACCCUUUCUUCCUCUUUUCAAGAUAUGGACAUUGACGAUGAUAUGGAGAAUGGUAGUAGGAAAAGAAAGGAAGGGGAAAGCAUCUCUCUCCCACCUUUCGGUUUAGCCACUUACAAGAUGCAGGGUGACGUGUGGAUUUCAGAUAGUAGCGGAAAGGACCAAGAGAAGCUGGUUUCGCUUUUUAGCGUGGCUGAUUCUUGGCUAAAGCAGUUAGGGGUCCAGCAUCAUGACUUCACCUACAUGAGUAUUCGUCAUGGUUGAUCAAAAACUCAAACGAUGAAAUCAUCUUUGGACGCUAACAAUUGGCCUCUACUGAGACUCCUCGAUGCAUCUUAUGUAUAGAGAGUUUGGCUUUUAAGCUUAUGAUUUUUGUGACUACUUUUUGUAUAGGAAAGAGCGUAGCUUAUAAGCGCGAUAAAAACUUGAGAUGAACCGAGAGACGAGCUGCAAUAUAUGGCUCUUUGUAACUGUGGACUAAUUGGGACACAUGAUCAUUAGAAUGUCAAUGAAGUCCUUUCUCUUGAA